AUGGUCAAAAUCGAGGUUAAACGAGAGAUCAGGGAGAAUCCGCUCACUGGAGUCAGCGCUGUAACUACUGUAACUGGACACAGAGGACAGUCAGUCCAGAUAAGAUGCUCCUAUGAUUCUGGAUAUGAGACCAACACGAAGUAUCUCUGCAGAGGAGAAUGUUCUGUUCUGCCUUGGGAAACUAAAGACAUUCCCAUUCAGUCUGGAUCUGCUGAAGAUCAGAGAUUCUCUCUGGAUGACGACACAGCAGCCAGAGUCUUCACCAUCAACAUCACUGACCUGAGACCAGAGGAUGAAGGAACAUACUGGUGUGCGGUAAAGAGGCCUAAAACACUUCCUGACCUUUACACAGAGAUCCUAUUACUGGUUAAAAUUGGUAGUCCUGAUGUUACUGCUCCACACUCACCCACGCAUCUUACCUCCACUGACAGUCCCCCAUGGACUACACCAUGUAGUCCUGAUGUUACUGCUCCACACUCACCCACGCAUCCUCCCUCCACUGAUAGUCCCCCAUGGACUACAACAUACCAUAUCUUUUCCAUCUGUGGUGCUUUGGUAAUCAUGAUGAUCAUUCUACUGGUGGCUGUGAUGAUACUACACAAGCACAAGAGGAAUACAAAGAACUCAAAAGCCCCAGCCGAGACGAUCCCUCUUCACAUGACGCCAGUCAAUGCCGGAGAGGAUGACAGAAUCUAUCAAGAGAUUGACGAGAAACAGCCAAAUCCUGCUGUGGCGCCCACAGUUACCACAAUCUACUCUACAGCAGACGGACCUACUGAUGUACCGAUCUAUUCCACUAUCGAUGAGCCCACUAACUCAACCUCAACCAUAUACUGUACAACAUCCCUGCCUCAGUGAAGCCCGAGCAACCCAACAAACUCCCCUGCUGACCGCUCA